UUUUUACUAUCUUUCAGAAAUGGGCGGUUGUUCAAGAUGACAAAAGCUAUUAUUGUGGUGUUUUCUGUGAUACUCAUAAGCCAGCUGUGUGAUUUUUCACCAUGGGAAGAAGCAGCGGUGUCAACUGAUCGAGGACGAAAGCAAUUUGAAUUAGCACAGAAAAAUGCGGCUAGUCCCGUCUAUGGGCGUUGUUGGCUCAACGCCCUGCGCCAGUUGGAUUCCGGUUGCAGGUACCUUAAUGACGAUACGCAAAGCAGACUCGCAAUUGCUUUCGCCGGGUGUUUUCUGGUCAAAUCUGGGAGGAAACCUUUGGAAUGUGGAAUGGACGAGUCAGUUGCUUCUUGUUUGAAGCAUGUAGAAUCGGAAGCUUUUGCAGCGUACACGGCAUUUUUCACACAUACGCAGGAUAUGUGUUAUUUCUUGCACAGCCAGGCAUGGCGUGAAGAAACUAGUAACGUGAUAGAUAAUUUGGCGAAAACGUCAGCAGGUGUUGUGAAGGAGCUGGAAGAAGCGGGUGUCAAAUUGAGGGAAAGUGGAAAUUUGCAGAGAGAGAUUUUGGAGCAACAAUCAUCCGCUCUCUACGGACUAGAAAGGCUUCAUAAUCAAGGAGCACUGCUUGAGGAUAAUCUCAAGGUUUCCGGGCAAGUUUUCGAGGAAUUCAGACAGUCUGUCCACUCGCAUGAAGCUGUUCUGCUCGGCAUUUUUCAGCGCCUAGCAGAUUUGCAAGGCUUUGUUCUUCGGGAACUGUCGCUUUUUUCGACAGUCGCGUUUUACGUCGUUGCCAUAUUUGUGUGCUAUCUGCUCACUUCAACGAGUCGUACAAGGGAUGCCCGAUUCAAAAUGUUCCUAGUGUUGACAGCGAAUGCAGUAUUGGAAUAUUGGGUAUCGAGGAUAUUUUCUAGAGCCGAGACCUCGUGGGAAGGCAAUAUCUCGAUUGUUUCGGAUUCUAUAACUACGUGGGUUUGGAUGCUGAGGAAGACAACAACUUGUUCGUUGAUUGGAAUUUUCGUCUGGUCGUGCUAUUUUCACCAGGACCUCAAAGCCCUCAGCAUGUCUGUGAUGACAGAGAUCCGACACGAUAGUCUUGAAAUAAAAAGGCUCUUAUUACAGCAAAUAGCAGCGUCGGGGAAAUCGCCUGGUUACCCUGGAUAUCCUGGUUCAAGAGAUUCUCUGGAUUCCUCGUCCAUGUAUGUCUCGCCCAUUUCGUCUCGAACCGCCGUCGACGCUUACUCCGUGAGCUCUGCUUCUACAGUCCUUGAUGCAGAUUCUAUUCGCUCUACAGAGGAAAUUGAAAUAUCUUCUCAAGCUACAUCGGAUGUAGCAAGAAGUGAUACCUUUCGAUCGGCUUCUUCGUUUGCAUCGAGGAGUUCGAGAGGUUUCUCCUUGCCUGCAGCUCACCUUGCGAGGAAGGUGUCAACGCCGACGGUUGUCGAUAUACACGAGAAUGUUUCGCGUUCAACGGACUGGCGGAAAUCAAGAAAAGAUGCUGCUCGAACCUUCAUAGCGAAGACGAUAUCCGACGAAAACCGAGAACCCUCGGCUUCUAGAUAUAAUUUGAGAUCGAGAUCCAAAACCCCGGCCUCGAACAGAGGCUCACUCCCACCAAAAUCUACGUCGGAAAACAGAAGGAAAACGUCGAGAUCGCGAUCCCGGGCCAGAACUUCGUCAUCGCGUCUCAUUGAUGCUGGAAACUUGAGGAAAUGAUUUCUUGAUCCCU